UUCAGUGCAAACUUCUUUGAACACGUUGGGCUGGGGUACGAGCUGGUGGCAGGGACGAUUGCGGUGGCCUGUCCGGACCGAUCAGCAAGAGGGAUGCCCGGAGGGGAGCAGCUGCAAGGGAGAAUCGGACUCCCACGGGGCUGCUGCUGCCCCGAGAAGCUCGCUGGGGGGAGGAGGCGGCCGCACAGCGGGCCCGUGCUGUGUCCCCAGUCCCCGGUUUUGCAAAGAGCAGCUAUGAAGAGGAAACUAACACUCUACAAGAUGCAGUUGGUUCUUCUCGUUUUAUUGGUGGGGGUGCCAACAAGAUCAGUGCUGGCUGACUCCCUAGAAGAUGAAGCUAAGAAUAACAUCACCAUCUUUACAAGAAUACUAGACAGACUUCUGGAUGGUUAUGAUAAUCGUCUUAGACCUGGAUUAGGAGACAGUAUAACGAAAGUCUUCACUAAUAUCUACGUAACCAGCUUUGGACCUGUUUCAGACACAGACAUGGAGUACACAAUAGAUGUUUUCUUCCGUCAAAAAUGGAAAGAUGAGAGGUUAAAGUUUAAAGGCCCAAUGAACAUCCUUCGACUGAACAACUUAAUGGCUAGCAAAAUCUGGACCCCAGACACAUUCUUUCACAAUGGGAAGAAGUCAGUAGCUCAUAACAUGACAAUGCCAAACAAACUACUACGAAUCCAGGAUGAUGGAACUCUCUUGUAUACCAUGAGUGUUCUUUUGCCUUUUAGGCUUACAGUCCAAGCUGAAUGUCCAAUGCACUUGGAGGACUUUCCUAUGGAUGCUCAUUCAUGCCCGUUGAAAUUUGGCAGCUAUGCAUACACAACUUCAGAAGUGACCUACAUUUGGACUUACAAUGCAUCUGAUUCCGUACAGGUUGCACCGGAUGGCUCUAGAUUGAAUCAGUAUGAUUUGCUAGGCCAAACAGUUGGAAAGGAGACCGUUAAAUCGAGUACAGGUGAAUAUACAGUAAUGACAGCUCAUUUUCACUUAAAGAGAAAAAUUGGUUAUUUUGUGAUUCAGACUUACCUCCCCUGCAUCAUGACAGUCAUUCUCUCCCAAGUGUCGUUCUGGCUGAACAGAGAAUCUGUGCCUGCAAGAACAGUCUUUGGAGUAACAACUGUGUUGACAAUGACAACGUUGAGCAUCAGUGCACGAAAUUCCCUCCCUAAAGUAGCUUAUGCAACAGCCAUGGAUUGGUUUAUUGCUGUUUGUUAUGCAUUUGUAUUCUCUGCAUUGAUAGAAUUUGCCACUGUAAAUUACUUCACAAAACGAGGAUGGGCAUGGGAUGGAAAAAGUGUAGUCAAUGAUAAGAAAAAAGAAAAAGCAUCUGUCAUUAAGAAAAACAAUGCCUAUGCAGUGGCUGUUGCCAAUUAUGCUCCAAAUAUUACCAAGGACUCAGUGCUACCAACAAUCUCCAAGAGUGCUACAACCACAGAACCCAACAAGGCAAAGCCAGAAGCCAAGCCGCAAGAAGCAAAGAAAACAUUCAACAGUGUUAGCAAAAUUGACAGAAUGUCUAGAAUAGUGUUUCCAGUCUUAUUUGGUACUUUUAACUUAGUGUACUGGGCUACAUAUUUAAACAGGGAACCUGUCUUACUUGGGUUUGCUCCCUCAACCUAAAAGCUAAAUUACACUGGGGAUGUAUAGAAUCAUUAUAUCAGAUAGGUUGUUUUGCUAUGUACAGUACGACUAAUAACUGCUAAUCUGUGAACCAAUAUGUACAGAGUGUAUAUAGAUAACUUAUCCGUGUAUCUCCAAAGGAGACACACAAUGUUUAUUCAUGGAUCUGUAAACAGAUAACACCCAUGGCUAAUAUAGCCAGCUCUUUAGAAGUUCUACCCAGGGGAUUUCCUCAAAACUGGGAUUCAAAUACACAGAAUUAUAUCUUCUCCAUACAAUUAGAGGAAAAUAUGGUCCUGCAUAAUUAUUUAGGAACAGUAUUUUUUUAAUUUAAAGUUAAAAUAUUUUUCUAUAAAAUAACUGAUUCUACUUUAAUGGGAAAAGCUGUCAUUAAAAAUGAUUUUUUUAAAAAACUUAUUUCAUACAAUGGAAGUGCCCAUGUAUAUUAUAGAGUGAUGAGCUCAAACUAUUCUGUUGUUCACAACCAUUUUGGAAAGUAGUUACGUUUAAAACUUAGUAAAGAGUAUUGGAAUGCCAAGGCCAUUAGUUCCUUACUUCUAGACCUGCUUUGAACUUGUUAAUGAAGUAUUCCAACUAAUUUAAGUGAGCAGUAGUGAUUAAUCAAAUUUCUAGCAUCAAUCAACUUCCACUAGAAAAACUGUUUUAUUUUCCCCGGUGUUUGUUUCUCUGAGGUUGCUGAACCAAGUUCUCUUAUUCAGCAAGGUCAGAAAAGGUGGUUUUUUUUUUUUGUUUUUUUUAAUUAGAUUGAUGUCAGGCUCAUAAAUAUUGGUAAUUGACACUCAGAAAUUUUUCAGGGUCAAGCAUAUCAGAAACAUAAAAUGCUCUUUUUCCUGCUUAGUAUUUACAGGAAAAUCUGCCUUAAAAAGGCUUCCUCACAUCUGCCCAUAGAAGCCACUGUUUUCAAAGGAAACAGCAGUUUGUGAUUGCAAUCCAGGAAGUUGUCCUCAUGGAUAAGAUUUAUUGCUGCUUUUGUAAAUUGCAACUUUACAUUUCACUGACAUAACUUAACAACUUUAUAUACUAGAAAGGGUUUUGCUAAGAUUUGAAUGUUAUUUUUAAUAAACUGCAGUGCAUCAUCAGUAAUUGUCAAUUAUUUUAUACACAAAAUAUAACAAAAUUGGAGCUGCCGUUUGCAAUUUUAUAUGAAUAUUUAAUGUUAGUAAAAUUAAUUUUCAUCUGAACCUUUGCAAAUAUUCCUUAUGCCCUGAAAGGCCUGGUAAAUUAUGGCAUAACUAAUAAUUGUGCACUGUAUUUAGAUUUUAAUAUACUUGGCCAAUCAAAAAUAUUUUGAUUCACAUAUACAUUAGCAGUUAUUAGUUGACCUUUUAAAAUAGAUGCACCUUUAUGAUGGUGUGUUUACAGUAGAAACAUAUGUCAUCGUAUAGUGUCAUUUAUUGCAGUUUUGUACAGUACAUGAGUAUAGUGCAUAAAAUAGGUAUGUUCAAAGUUUGACAAACUUGUACAAAUAUUUCUAAAAUGAAUAAAUGAAUUAUCUUAAGACAUGGAAACUAGCAAAAACAAAGAAGAAGAAUCAAACCUUGCAUUUUUUGCUGUUUAAUUUUCUUGUCUUUUCUUUGUUUUUAAUGUGAUUCUAUUUUGUGCUUUGCAUGACAGUAUAGAUGCCAAGGUCACAAAUGCAUUUUAUUAGUAGACUUUACAAUGAAGACAGACUUGACUUUAGUCAAACAAGAUAUUCCAUAUGACAUCAGUAAAAUAGAAGGGAGAACCACUGGUGAAAUGUGUAUUCCCUUCAUCCCCUCUAAUAAAUCCAUCUUAAUUCAUCAACGAUAGUUGAAAAACAAGCACUUUACUCAAAACAUUAAAAUAGAAAUAUCCUUAUUUUCAUAUAUUAUAUUUAUAUAUAAAUGUAGAUCUUCCAUGUAAUACAGAAAUGUGUGCAAUAGGGUGAUGAAGUGUGUAAGGUUUGAAGGCAAGCAAUAAAAAGUUUUUUCAUGGUAUAAUUAUACAUUUUAAAAAUGUUUUAUUUGUAAACUAUAAAAGAUCCCUUUAAUGUCAUAGUGUCCAGGUAUAACAUAUAUACAUAUGUACAUAUGUAGAAUAUUUGUAAAUAUUGGUCCUGUAGAAAAAUCCUUUCAUGUUUCUCUCUGUUUCUGGCAAAGGGCUCUGACUAUGUGGUAUAGUGGAGGCCCAAGCUUAUCUGCUCUCAGACUCUGAGUAGGUUGAUUACUGUUUUCAUGUACCUUUGGGCACCAUCCUGCAACCUGAUGGGAGCUCUCAACUCCCAUUAACUUCAACAGGAGUUGAGGACUCUCAGCACCUCACAGGUUUGGGCUUAUAAAGAGUAAGAUCUGUAUUCUACCCCAGUUACAUCCCAGAUAGCUUAACAAAGUUAGGUUUGCUGUCUCAAAUAGUGGGAAGUCAGAACUCUGCCCUCUAGAUACAUGAGCAGUGCUUAAUUUGUGCCAGGGCUGAGCCCCAGCCCAGCACCUUUGGGCUUGUUGAAUCAGUCAUGAAUAUAAAAAAAAUGACUUGAGCCAUGGCACAUAAUUGCUAGAGCUCUGGCACUUCUUUCAUUACAAAUUAAGCACUGUAUAUGAGUGUGUCCAGAGGUGCAUUUAAUUAUGUGAUGGGAGAGAGCUGUGUAUCCUUGUGUUUUUUUUUAAAGGAAUACACACAGAGGUAUCUGACUUACAGAAUCAAGCAAGUCCUUUCAUCGCUUCAGAAAAUUAACAUGCUUAAUUUAUAGCUGCAUUGGGCCUGCUGUAAAUUGUGCACCUUCAGCUUCACAGAGGGCCUGCUUCCGUUCCCACCUAAAUCAAUGGGAAUUUGAGGAGCAGGGUCAGAAAUAAUGUGUUAGGAGCAACUAUUUAAUUCACUGAACAGUCCCUAUGGACUUGUGCAACACUUAGAGUAAAUUGCAUAACCACCAGACCUUUAGCACAUACUUUAGACGUAGAAAAACAAAACCAUUUAAAUGCAAUCUAUGUGCACAAAUAUGCUUUCAGAGAACUACAUGCAGCUCCUGCUGAAGUCAGUGGGAUUUGCAAGGGCAUAUCUGAAAGCGGAGUUUCAGCUCAAAGUCUUGUACAGUUGGUCUAGAUUUAACGUUGGCUUCUUUUGUUUAUUGCAUUUUAAGCAAUUUCUGUCAGUUGUCCUUAUGAUUCCAAUGUUAAAUCGUUUAUGAUGAUGAAAAUGACUAAAAAUAAAUCUGAUGAGUUCUUAAGAGUGACAACUGUAUAGCUGAAUGCGAAGAUUUAAAUAAACACAAGACCUUAACACGAAUUUUGAAAUGCCAGCAUUAGGGGGUUUUUUUAAUUCACUUAAGUCUGUGACCAAGAUUUUUCAAACCUGGUACCAAAAAGUUAGACUCUUAAAUUCAUAUUUAGGCACUUUUAUAGAUGCUGAGCACUUGGCGUACAUCUACAACACGCGAAAAAACACAUGGCUGGCCUGGGUCAGUUGACUCGGGCUCACAGGGCUUGGGCUGCGGGGCUGAACAAUUGCUGUGUAGAUGUUAGGGUUUGAGCUGGAGCCAGAGAUCUGGGACCCUACACUCUUCCAGGGUCCCAGAGCUCAGAUUCCAGCCAAGCCCGAAUGUCUGCACAGCAAUUUUUAGCCCCACAGGCGAAGCCCUGUGAGCCCAAGUCAGCUGACUAAGGUGAGCUGCGUACGUGCUGCGGGUCUUUUAUCCCUGUGUAGACGUAGCCUUGGAAGACUGAUCAAUUUCAAUAUGAUUUGUUAAUGUUAAGCAAUUCCAAAAAUCAGCCCACUUUUAUUUAAGAGAUUUAUUUAUGGAUGUAGGAACCUAAAUUUGAAUUUUUGGCCUAACUUCUGUCCCUUUCUAGUUUAUUCCCACCCCCUCUACCCUCCCAGGCCAUCCUCCCAAGCCUUCUAUAGCAUUUCUUACAUGAUCCAAAAACCAAAUACACUAAUAAUUUAAAAGUUUAAAAAAAUAAAUAAAAUGGCCUAACAUUGUGGUAACUUGCACUGGGCUCAACAGGGUUCCAAGCCAGGGUUAAAGAAUAGCUUUUUGAUGUAGGACUGCAACAUUUACUCCUUGAUGCAUAAGGCUAGAGAAUAGUACCCAAAUAUUAAUAGUAAUUUGGAAUUAGGGGGUGAGAAAAGAUAGAGAGCUCUGGGUUUAUCAGCCUUGGCACCCUCUGUGGUAGUCUCCUGUCUUAGUGCAUUUGUUGUAAUGCACUGGCUUCCAAACAUUCUUGUUGAUAUUUUCAGACACACAAAAUAACCUCACCUUUCAUUUAUAUUUAAUGCGGCUGCAAACUCCUGUGCUAUUGUGAUGUUUUAUUUAUGUCCUCAUGUUCUCCCAGCACUUUCGUGCAAAUUUUUGGCCUUAUUCAAAUUGGCCACCAUGUCCUAUUAUUUCAAUUGGUGUGAAGUUACAUGGGCCCAGAUCUUCACAGGUAUUUAGUCUCCUAACUUCCAUUGAAAUCAAUGAUGCUCUCAGGGAAAAUGUCUGCCAUGAAGGCUCUGUUGUAGUUUGGAAACUGGCAGAGAAACUAUGUGCAGUUGGGGGAGGUAGGCAGAAUACUGAAGGGAGUGCAAGAGAAAGAGAAGGUUGAGGAAGAAUGUGAAGAGAAGGGGUCUGAAGGGAAACAGUGGAAGGAUAUGGGCUCAGGAGACUGUGGGUACUUGAAGUGAGAAUGUGAAAGGUACAGGUAAUUGGUUGAGCAGUGUGGGGAGCAAUUGUGAAGAAAUGGGGCAGCGAGGGAUAGAAUGGCAGCUCCACUUUUCCAGAGGAGAUGGUAAGUGGAGUCCCUUUCUAAACAGCCCUUGGGAAAGCUUACGUACCUUUGUGUUUGCAUUUGAGGUUGGAUUUUAAACCUGCAGUUAUCACACACCAACUGUGGGCAGACAGCUUUGCACUAAAGGCUAAAAGGCAGAUCAGACCCCAAUAGAUUUUUGUAAUCAUGAUUUUUUUGUGAUCUGACUCCUAAUCUUGAAUCCUCUGGAUUGGCAAUGCCACUAACCACUUCAUAAAUAUUAUGUGCUUAAUUUUGUGCUCUUCCAUCUCUUCACAACUCCUGAAAAGAAAACAGAUACGUCAGGAACAAAAUAAAUCCUGUUAGUUCCCAAUACAUUUUCCUCAGGUCGUAUGUAAUGCCUUAUUUUGAGGACCUAAGUGGAGCCUCAGAGGUGCAUUGGCCCUCUGCACAAUCACAAAUACCAUUAUUUGCACUUUUUUUAGAAUCUGCACUCCUAACUUAAGUGUUUAUGUGAAAAAUAAUUCUAUAUCUGGAUAUGAAAUUAUGAUCAGUCCCAAUCCCACUUUGAGUUAAGACAUGGCCCAUACUACCAAAGUUCAGAUCAGCAGAACACAGAGCCAUGAAGCCGAGCAAAAAAAGAUGUUAAAGUGAAUGUUAUUGGCAGAACCAGGAAGGUUAUUUAAUUCUUCCUUCAAAAACAGCGAGUAGAAGGAUAAGUGUGCAAACAUAGGAACAAGUCUAAAUAGAGUCCACAGUGAUCAGGGCUUUAUCAUUUGAUAUCACAGAAAUAAGGAACUCUAAAUUUUGGUUAAAAAGAAGUCUUUUGAAAAACCUAGAAUCAUUAAUCAAAUUAUGUUUACCUGAAAAACUAUUACUAGUUAGGGUUCCAAAUAAGGGAACCUAUUAAUUCAAAAAUAUCAAAGAUUUUUCCUCAGGAACUGUAUAAUGGGUCUUCCAUUGGAUAACUAAUUUUCAACAUAAUUUUAAGCUUUAAAAUACUUUCUGUUAUGCUAAUUUUAUUAUAUAUGGCUGGUGACUUUUUUCUUCAUUAUUGUAUAUAAAUCCAAAUCCCUAACAAUUGGAAAAUAUGGUUUUAUUAUCCUGAAUUUAGAUUUCUAAAUUACAGUUUCAUAAGGAUUUUCAGGGAUCCACGAGUGAGCUGACAGAUUCCGCACUUCACAAAUAGGGGUGCAAAAGGCAAACACUUUGAGACUUAAUUUUGGGAAUGGCCCAUGCUAAUUGCAUUGAUAGCUUGUUUUGCUCUGCUUCUAUUGUAUAAAUAUUUAUCUUUCACUUUAUUUUCAACAAAACCUCCAUUUAUUUUUAAACUUAGGUCAUGCUUCUGUGCUCAGAGCCACCUGGUGGAUCCUUGUGCCCAUGUGGUUCUCAAUGCAGGAUCAGAGCCUUACUUGAGAAGUAUUCACUUUGAGGGCCUGAUCUUGCUCCCACUGAGAUCAGUGGCUAAACUCCCAUUGAUCUUACAGGACUUUGGUUACAUUCUAAGGACCUAUCCAUGCACUACAGAAGUCAAUAGAAGUCUUUCCAUUGACUAAUGGGAGUCAGAUCCAGCCCUCCCUGGGAGUUCCUCGAUUAUUUACCUUUUCACACUGAGAAGAUGAACUUUUAAAUAAAGGAAGCAACCACAUUUAAAAUUGGGCCUUGAUCAUGCCUGUUUUACUCCCAGUACUGUAUUGAUGUUGGUUUAUGAAUAUUGUGAAAAUAUUAUGGAUUACAAGUGGGGAAUAACACUUGUGAAAACAUAGGAACACAUAAUUUGAAAUGUGUUUUAAAAUAUGCAAGAUGGUUCAUACCCUUCUCCUAGUGCUGGUGUCUACAUACACACAUACAAAUAUUUUUAUUCUGUAACUUGAUGAUUAAUUAUUUAAAUGAAGCUAUACUUUGAAAUGUUAAUUGCUUAUUUUACAUAACUUUGUGAAUUCUUCACUCUUGUCAGUUGGCCUGGGGCUCAUGUAUAUGCAUUAAAGGUGUUCAAAGAUUUCACUAAAUGAUUUUGUAGACUGUUAAAGGAGGUACGCUUCAAGGGUCAUCUUUGUUUUCCAUCUUAUGGUUUUAGGCUUUCUGGGAUGGA